GGGACAACGCGGAGCGCGCGGCAGGCCUCCCUGCCCACCGUCAGAGCAGCCAGAAGGGCAGGAGAGGAGGGCAGGGGCUGUGCCCUCUGCCCCCUGCCCUCUCUGACCCCAUGGCGGGCCCCCUUCGACCCUCCUGGAUCCUCCCCCUGGUCCUGGCUGCCUUCAUCCGGCCAAAUCAGGGCCAGGACAGGCAGAAGACGGACUGCUACAGUGGGGUGAGCGGCACAGUCUAUGAAUACGGGGCACUCACCAUCAACGGAGAAGAAUACAUCCCUUUCAAGCAGUACGUGGGGAAACCGAUCCUCUUUGUCAAUGUAGCCACCUACUGAGGGCUGACCUUGCAGUACCUAGAACUGAAUGCACUACAAGAAGAACUGAAGGCUUAUGGACUUGUCGUCCUGGGCUUCCCCUGCAACCAAUUUGGCAAACAGGAACCUGGGGAGAACUCCGAGAUCCUCCCCGGCCUCAAAUACGUCCGGCCUGGCGGCGGCUUUGUCCCAAACUUCCCGCUCUUUGAGAAAGGGGAUGUGAAUGGGGAGAAAGAACAGAAGGUUUUCACGUUCCUGAAGAAUGCCUGUCCUCCUCCAGCCGAGCUCCUGGGUGACCCCACCCGCCUCUUCUGGUCUCCCAUGAAGACCCAUGACAUCAGAUGGAACUUCGAGAAGUUCCUGGUGGGUCCGGACGGGGUCCCUGUCAUGCGGUGGUACCACCGGGCCACCGUCAGCACGGUCAAGGCGGACAUCGUGAGGUAUCUCAGGAAAUUAAACAACGAGCAGGUGGAGGAAGAAGGACGAUGGAAGAAGUAGAGGCGAGGAAGGACUCCAGCCAGAGGGGAGAGCUCCAACCCAAAUUAUCCCUUCCCGCCCCUCAUCCUGCCCCUCAAUAAUCCACUCUGCAACAUGGCUGUGGACAGGGGAGAGGGUGUACGCACAGACAUUGUUAGCUCACUGGAAUGUCUGUGAAGACACCACCCGUCCACUCCACCUCACAAGUCCCUGCUCCUUUUCCCAACCUGGUCCAGCCCCAGCUUUUCUCAUGGUCUCCUCUCAGAAUUCCCCAUUCCCUCCCUCAAUCCCAUUUGUUUAGAGCUUGUAGUGACCUCUUUCAGCAGGAGCCCUAGUCUGUGGUCAUCUCUCUCUCUUAUUUUUCCCUCCCACCCCUGAGCCAGAGAUGAUCCUUGGGUUCUCUUUCCCCCCAAAUCCUUCCUUAAUGUGAAGCCCGUGGGCCCCAGCAAUGGCACAUUGGACAGAGCUGACCCCGGACCCACCCAUCAUUCUCUUUCCCCACAAGAGGCUGGGGUGGGUGGGUGUGCAUGUGUGAGCCUUCAAGGCUGGCGCUCUCUUCUCUGCUGAACCAUUUCCCCUCUUCGCUCCUCCCCGCACUCUGGAUAUCCUGACCCUCAGGACAGAAGCUGGGUAUGAGAGCAGGGAGUGUGUCCCAGAAUGGGGAGGUGGCAUCAUCAUGACAGCGGGGUCUGAAAGCCCCUCCUGGGUGGACCCCGCCCGAACCCGCUCGGUGGCGGCACGGCCCUUUAGUGCAUUCAGGCCGUGCCCCUGGUCCGAGCAGGGAUGCCGCUUCCCCCGUCCCCGCCUGGGGACACACCCCUCUCCUCUCUUGCCAGUUGCUUGCACGUAGCUUUGUCCCCGUCCAGGCCCAAAAUAAAGAUGUCUCUGCAACACCUGG